AUGUCCAAGCAAUACGAACAGUUCCAUCCGAAUGCUCACCGUGACAUGUCCGAUGAUGUGGAUAACCUAUUCCCCCAAACAGACUCAGAUUCGUACACAAAUCAACAGAUACCGCAAAGCAACGGGGCCCCUACAUCGAAGUCGAGUCAACCUCCAAGCCUAAUAAACGAAUCACCUAAACGGUCCAAAAAAGGGUAUCAGUCUUUGAAACAAAGAUUACACAAUGCACACUUCUUCAUUGGGAAUCGCUUUAAAAAGACAAGUGAAAAACCAUCAAAAAUGGAUCAGCAGUCUAGCUCCAAGUGCGAAAAGGUACCUGAAAAUUUGAUGGAUACUGCUCAGUUAUGCGAUAACUUUCAGAAAUUAAGUACAAGACAACGUUGUGCAAGCUUAGAAAAACUGACUGUACCACAUGAGAGACCCAAUCUACCUCAGAUUAUGAGAACACGGGAUGAUAAUUCCUCUGAUCAAAUGCCUGACUACCCUCUUAACGGUCCCUCAUAUACCGCUGAUGAAAUUCUAUCACACGCGUUCCCAAGGACAUUACUUCAGGAGCCACACUGGAAUCGCAGGCCUAGUCAAAUUUCGCUAUGGGAUACACAGCGUGACGCGUUACCGGGAUCGGUGCGGAACAGCACGACUGGUUUGUCCUGUACACAAUCACAAAUGGGUGAAUGCUUCUCAGAGUUGACGGCGGCGUAUCAUCUCAUUUUAAUUGGUCUCGGAGAAGACCCACAAAGACAAGGUCUAAUCAAGACACCAGAACGUGCUGCCAGGGCAAUGCUCUACUUUACCAAAGGCUACGAGGAGCGUGUAAGCGACUUGCUGAAUGGAGCCAUUUUUGAUGAAGAUCAUAACGAGAUAGUGGUGGUGAAGGAUAUUGAAAUGUUUUCAAUGUGCGAACAUCACCUAAUCCCGUUUAUUGGGAAAGUUUCCAUCGGGUACCUACCUAACAGGAAAGUCAUUGGACUUAGCAAACUUGCUCGGAUUGUGGAAGUAUAUUCGAGGCGAUUGCAGGUGCAAGAACGCCUGACCAGGCAGAUUGCUGUUGCCCUGACCGAAGCAGUAAAGCCAGUCGGUGUUGGUGUGAUAAUUGAGGCAACCCAUAUGUGUAUGGUGAUGCGUGGAGUCCAGAAGGUCAAUGCGACUACCGUUACUAGUACUCUGUUGGGUGCGUUCAAGGAGGACACAAAAAUACGCGAUGAAUUUCUCGGACUUUUGGGGAAGAAGUAG